AUGCUUCGCCAGCCUUGGCGUCGGGUUGCACAGGGUCCGAACGCCGAGACCAUCUGGUUUACGGGGCGGGCCGGUGCAUCUGUUCGGGCAUCCACUUGGCGGAACACAACUCGAUCAUUUGUGUUGCCAAGCUGUUCUGGACCUUUGAGUUCCUCGAACCCCGCCGGCAACGACAAUCAUAUUCCAGCUCACUCCGGCGCUAGUGAAGGAUUUCUUCAUUGCCCCGAGGCUUAUGACUGUGUCAUUCGUCUUCGCCCUCCAGAGAAGUGGGACAUGAUUAUGUGGGAAUUUGCCGAGGCGCAAGAGGGUUUCACUGGAAUUGAUUAG